AUGGAAAUGCAGGGCAUUGGCACCAUUUGGUCGGGAUUCUCCUUUGUGCUUGGCUUCCUGAUCGUUUUCCGGAGCAAUCAAGCGUAUUCGCGAUUCUGGGAGAGCGUGACCUUGUUUCAGCAAAUUGGCGGGGAGUGGCUGAAUGCUUUUAGCAACCUCCUGUGCUUCUGCAGCAGGGACCCUGAGAAACAAGACCAAGUCUAUGAGUUCCGAUACUUCCUCUCACGAUUGAUGAGCCUGUUACACUGCAACACUUUGCAGACCUUGUGUGAGCUCAGCGAUGAUAGUCUGGAGGUCUUGGACAUUGGGGGGCUGAACCCAAAGAGCCUUUGGCAUCUGGAGAAGAGCCCUGACAGAUCGAAGACGGUGCUGCUGUGGAUCUCAUGCCUGAUUAUGGAAGCACACCACAAGAAGACCAUCGAGGUCCCCGGGCCAAUUCUUUCAAGGGCAUUCCAGGAGCUGUCCCAGGGGAUGGUUUGUGUUACAGACCUGAGAAAGAUUCGCGACGUGCCCUUUCCCUUUCCGUACUCACAGUACCUCCUCUACAUGCUGAUUGCUCAUUGGAUUCUCGCCCCCCUGGUGGCUAGUCAAGUGGUGCUUAGACCCUGGUGGGCCGGCAUCAUGGUCCUGGUCGUUUCCACAUCCUACUGGACAUUGUUCUACAUUGCGCAGGAGAUUGAUCAACCUUUCGGCGAAGAUGCCAAUGAUCUGCCCGUCCGUGAGAUGCAGCAACAGUUCAACACAAAGCUGCAGUUCUUUCUGGAGCCCGCAUCGACGAAGAUCCCAGAUUUCACCUUGGAGUCCAGUCAACAUCUCCACGUGUUGAGAUCCUCCUACAAGAUCAACCCGUCAGCGAUUACAAGUCCUUAUUCCAUGACUUCCGUGACGGCCCAAUCUUUUCACAUGGAUGAUGGGCACAGAACUGCGACGCCCGAGCGCCAGGACUCCAGCAGGGAGGUCCAGGGCUUCUCAUCCUUACUGGACCCUCUGGAGCCCAGAAUGAUACAUGAACUGCUGUCGAUGCUUCUGCCUGAUGUGGACGCUGCACACGUGAAGCACAUGCUGCAGAUCCUUGGCAUCGAUGAUCAGACAGAGUUGGGCACACUCGAAGAGAAGCCAUAUCAGAGCGAGGACUUCGAGAGGCUGCACGAGCAACUCCACGAAGAGAGGCGGGCAUCCCUCAACGACGUCUCAGUCCGCGUUGAUGAUUUCUUACGGCAGGAAAGCCCAGAAAGCCAGGAGCCAGAACUCCAAAGGAGCUUUGCUUCCUUGAGUGAAGCGUUGGCAAAGACUAUGCCUCGGGUGAAGCGAAUCUAG